GUGUCACCCCGUGGGGAACGUGUUUCACUUUUCGUCGUCGGCAAAUUUCUUGUGUUCAGGUUGUGCUUCGCAGGGAAAAACGUGACGUGCGUGAAUCGGAGCACACAGAGGUUUGAGAGUGGCGUGAAAAUUGUCGGAAAACACGAACACUGAACGAAUCGAACGAUGGCCCGCGGCGAAGGCAAAGGCGAAAGUGUUGCCAGACUGUCGAAUCAAAUCGCGUGCAUCAAGUAUACGCUGUUCUGCUUCAACAUCGUGGCGUGGAUUGUCGGUGCCGGUCUGUUCGCCUUCACCGUGUUUAUCCGCGCUGAGCCCGGGUUCGACGAAUGGAUUGCCAUUCUCGAAAUCUACGAGUACUACAUCGGUGUGUACAUACUGAUUGCAGCCGGUGCGUUGGUCAUGCUUUUCUCGUUCCUCGGCUGCUGCUCGGCGCUAAUGGAACACUCGUCCGCGCUCUACCUGUUCAUUGGGACGCAAGUGCUCCUGUUCGUGCUGACCGUGAUCGGGUCGGCCAUUCUGCUCGACUUCUCCACAAUGAACUCCAGCAUCCAGCCGCUGAUUCGCCACACGAUGCUCCGCUUCAUCGUCACCUCCGAGCACCCGCACUCGUCGGCCGCCCUGAAGCUGAUCCAGGAGAGUAUUGGCUGCUGCGGAGCGGACGGACCGAACGAUUACAUGGUCAUGCGCCAGCCGUUGCCGCUUGAGUGCCGUGACACCGUCACCGGAAACGCGUUCUUUCAUGGCUGCGUCAACGAGCUGACCUGGUUCCUGGAGGACAAGUCGGUGUGGGCCGCCAUCAUGGCGAUGAUACUGGCCGCAGUUCACACUUGCAACGGCGUGCUGGGCAUCGUCCUCGUGCAAGCUCUGAAGCGCGAAGAGGAAGCGAUGAACCGGCGCUAGAGGCCGAACCCGGCACUUCCAGGCCGAUCACAGAGAAGUAGAAGAGAGACCCGACCACAGGCAGACAGCAACAGCAACAACAACCAGCAAGCAAAAAACAAAUCCAUAGACGAGCAUGACGAGCUAUGACAAGCGGCGUGCGGUGUUAUCAGCUACAGUAUUUAGGGGCUACGAGUGUAAGGUGGUGUCAUUGUUAUAUUUUUCGUGUAUUUCUUUGUGUUAAGGUCAGUACCUAGCAGUGUCAGCAUUUUCACCCAUCUUAAGAGUCGAUUUAUGAUAAUAAA